GGAUAUCUGAGCAAUGGGGAAGAAAGCGCCUAAGAGCGUCAAGAAAUUCACGAAGAAGCAUCUCAAGUCGGUGAUCGCCAAGCGCCGGAAGCUCAAGCCCAUGCGAAAUGCGCUCCGCCACAAAGAAGCGGCACUGGAAGAGAAGCGUCGCAAGGCGGCCCUCGCGGAAAAUGCUGCCGAUGCGUCGACGAAGAAGAAGAAGAAAAUGGAGGAGAUGAAUGUGGAUGAGCUCAUGGAUGGAGAUUUCCUUGACGAUGGCGAUGAUGAUGUUGAAAAUGGAGUCGGUUCUGACGACGCGAGUGAUCCCGACGCUCCUCUUCCAGAGGUCGAUGGAGAUGAAGAAGACUUUAUUGACAUCACUCCACCUGAUGUGGAAGACGAUUCCGACAGCGAUGAUGGGGAUAACGCGGAAGUUAAAAACGAGAACAAAAAGUUCAAAUCCGAGAUUGAGAAGCACAAAAUGGAUCUCGAGAAACUCAAGGAGAAGGAUCCAGAGUUUUAUAAGUUCCUUGAGGAACAUGAUCAAGAACUUCUUGGGUUCAAAGAAGACGAAGAAGAGGAACAAGACGAUACUGAGAAGCCAACGUCUCGUGACAAGGAAGAAGACUCCCUGACGAUUGCUCACGUAGAAAGUUGGAUCAUAGCUGUCAAGGAAAAGGAGAACUAUGCCGCGCUGCGGAAGCUACUUGGUGCUUUUCGCAGCGCAUGUCACUAUGGGGAGGGGGAGGAGGAGGAGCUCUCGGAGCGAUUUAUCAUCAAUAGCAGCAACGUUUUCAACAAGGUCAUGGUCUUUAUUCUCUCUGAGCUCGACGGGAUCUUCAAGAAAAUGCUGCAUAUUCAUCAAGAGAAAAAGGUGGCUACGGAAGAUCUCAAGAAAAUUGGCCGCUGGAAGAAGCUGUUCCCGUUUGUCAAGUCGUACCUCGCCAGCGCGCUACAUGUGUUAAACCAGAUGACGGACAACCGGAUGAUCUCGUUUACCUUGAGACGUUUGAGGCCGUCGAUCGUUUUUCUUGGUGAGUUUCCAGCUCUGGGAAGGAAGUUUCUGAAGGCUGCGUUUCAUUUCUGGAGCACCGGCGAACAAUCCUUGUCUUUCGUAGCUUUCUCGUGCAUCCGCGACAUGGCCAUGCAACUUGGCACGGAUUGCCUCGAGUCCUGCUCAAAGACCAUCUACAAGCAGUUCGUUUCUAGCGCAAAGUUUGUAAGCGCGACAACACUUCCUCGGAUACAAUUCCUGGCAAAUUGUGUAGUGGAGCUCUAUGGCAUCGACAUUGCUGUCUCGUACCAAUGCGCCUUCACUUUUAUCAAGCAGCUGGCUAUUAUACUCCGAAACGCACUCACUGUAAAAUCCAAGGAUUCCUUCAAGAAAGUUUACUGCUGGCAGUACAUGGCUUCGCUGGAACUGUGGGUGAAAGUAGUGAGCGCCUACACUGGCAAGGAUAAUCUUCAGCCUCUAGCGUAUCCACUGGCUCAAAUUCUCGGGGGCGUCUCUCGUCUCGUUCCUACUGCUCGCUACUUUCCUCUGCGAAUGCAGUGCGCGGUGAUGCUUAACAGAUUGGCAGCGGCCACGAAUACGUUCAUCCCAGUUGCUCCCGUACUGCUGGAUAUGCUCGAUUUUAAAGAGAUGAAAAAGCCGCCAACUGGAGGAGCUGGGGACAGCGUAGAUUUUCAUGUCGUGAUCAAGGUGGGUAAACCAGUGGUGAAGACGAGGGCCUUUCAGGAAGAAUGCGUGAACACGGUGCUCGAGCAGCUUGCUGAGCAUUUGACGCAGUGGUGUUACUCCGUGGCGUUUCCUGAGCUGGCUCUGAUUCCCCUCGCUCAACUCCGUCGAUUCGUGAAAGAAACGAAUGUCGACCGUUUUAGAAGGCUAGCGAGGCAGCUCGUUGAACAGAUUGAACGAAAUGUAGAGUUUGUGACAAAGAAGCGGGAAGGGGUCUCGUUCUCUCCAAAAGAUAGCGAAGCUGUUGCAUCCUUUCUAAAGGCUGAGAGGGAGGCUGGAACAAGUCCAUUGUUUCAAUAUUGCAACGUUCUACGAGAACGAGCGAAAGAACGGCGGCAAGCUCUUGUAGAAACAAGUGUGGAGGUAAAGCAAAAGCCGGACGAGGACGAGCUCGCUCGAGACGAUGGCAAGGCCAAGGAGUUGUUUAACAAGAAAUGGCAUCAACAAAAGAAGAGAGCAGGACUGAGAUUCUUACGAAGAAGCAACAAAAAGAGGAGGAGAAAGAGAAAGGCGAUCAAGCGGGGGUCGAGGAGGACAGGGUCGAAGAUCUUCUUCUCUCGGAUGACGAUGAGCAAGACGAUGAAGGCGUGCGUUCUAACGAUGAUGAAGCAGCACAAAAGCCAGCAAACAAGAAAAGAAAGAGAUCUUCUAAACAGAAGCAAAGAACCAAAUAACAAAAGACUUGUUUUUACAGAAUUUCUUAUCUAACACAUUGCAAAGGCAAUUUUUGAAUAAAAAUGCUUACAAACCUUUACCAA